AGAGCGCGCUCCUGAUUCUACUCGGAGUGAGGAGAGAGAGAAACUCGCAGAGAGAGACAGAGCUUUAGAGAGAGAAACUCGUAGAGAGAGAGAGAGAGAGAGAAGGGGGGGAGUACUACUACUAGUAGCUGUUGGGAGUAAUCGGCGGCGUGUCGUCGACUCUCUUUCUUUCUCUCUCUUUCUCUCUCUCCACUCCUCGUCGUGGAGUUCGAGUUUUCUCUCUCUUCCUCGCCCUACCAAUCGAUCCUCGUGUUCUUGAUCGCCGUGCCCACUCGAUCGCCCCCCGUCUCUGUUUCCUCGCCCUUUUCCUCGGUUUCUCCGAUCGCCUCUCUCCCUCUCUCUCUCUCCACUGGGGAAAGAAGAAGAAAAGGAGCGAUCUUGAGGUCAUCUCGGAAGGAAAAGGAGAGGAAGAAAGGAAGGAUUUUGCGGUCAUCCUGGAACGAAGAAUCUCUCCUUUACAGGCUAAUAAAGAUCUAUUUUCAGCAUGGCUGAUGAACAAAUAGGUGAACAGGCAGUGCCAUCCGGCAUAUUGACUGGCUUGAAGUUUGACCUAAUGACUGGUGAUGAUAUUGAAAAGUUAAGCAACGCGAGCAUCGUAGAAGCGAAUGAUCUGACAAAUGCUAAGUUGGGGUUGCCAAAUGCGUUGUCUCAAUGUGCAACAUGUGGAUCCAAAAAUUUGAGGGGGUGUGAUGGUCACUUUGGUGCAAUCAAGUUGCCAGCAAUAAUUUAUCAUCCUUAUUUUGUUGGAGAAAUUGUUCAGAUUUUGAAUCAGAUUUGUCCCGGAUGCUUGUCUGUUAAACAAGAUCAAGAAGCGAAGGGUUCUUCUAUGUUAGAAGCUACUGAAAAGUUUGUGGAAAGUGAUCUUUUAAUUCUGAAGGCCCUUGAAAAGAACCUUGGUGGGUUACAGAAAAAAUUGUUAAAGAUUUGCAAAUCGAAACUGUUAUUAUCUGGUAUUCUAGCUCGCGGCAGUAAAGUUCGCAUCUGCUACCUUAAAAAGCGUGUGAAGUUUCGAAAGAGAUGGGCAAGGACGGACAAGCAAUCAAGUUGCAAAUUUUGUGCGAGUACUCCUAACAACAGGUACCCCUCCGUGAGGUUCAAGAUCUCAUCCAAAGACAUGGUAGGAAAACGAAAUCUUUCAAUUGUUGCAGAAGUUAACGAAAAGCUUCCUAAGAAAUUCCAGAAUAAAAGUAUGGAUGAAGUAUUGCCUCAAGAUUACUGGGAUUUCAUUCCAAUGGAUCAACAACAACGACAGUUAAAAACAAGCAGAAUAACACUCUCUCCUCACCAGGCAUUUCAUCUUUUGAAACAACUUGAUCCAGAAUUUCUCAAGCAGUUCGUACCGAGGCGGGAGUUGCUUUUCCUUUCUUCUCUCCCAGUUACUGCUAAUAGUCAUCGUGCGAUGGAAACAUCUCAUCCACAUGCUGAUGGCCCACAAUUAUCUUUUCGGGAUGAACGGACUAAGGCUUACAAAAAGGUGGUUGAAGUAAGCCGGAGAAUUGAUGAGUUUCGUCAGCAUCCUCAGUUCAGAGCUUUUGCAAGCUCCUACGUCUCGAACCGAGUGAUGGACUGCCUAAAUGCGUCGAAGCUUCACUCUAGUACUUCAAAUGGAGAGCCGAUUUCUUCGGGAGUAUCUGGAUUGAAAUGGCUGAAAGAAGUCAUCCUUAGCAAAAGGAGUGAUUAUGCAUUCCGAUUGGUCAUGGUUGGCGAUCCAAAGAUAAAACUAGAUGAAAUCGGCAUUCCACUAAGUUUAGCAGAAAACCUCCUUAUAAGCGAUCAUGUCAACUCGUACAAUUUGGAAAAGCUGAACACUAGUUGCAAUUUGCAUCUCCUUAACAAAGAGGAACUCCAUGCACGGAGAGAUGGGCAGCUUAUUUCUGUGCGAAAGCCAGACCAACUUCAAAUUGGUGAUAUAUUUUAUCGGCCUUUGGAAAAUGGUGAUCUUAUUUUGAUCAACCGGCCUCCUUCAGUUCAUCAGCAUUCCCUUAUUGCAUUGUCCGUGAAAGUACUACCGAUCCAUUUUGCCAUUUCUAUAAAUCCUUUAUGCUGUGCUCCUUUACUGGGGGAUUUUGACGGAGACUGUCUACAUGGUUAUAUUCCGCAGUCAAUCCCCUCCAGAGUAGAGCUUAGAGAGCUUGUUGGUUUAGAUCAACAGCUCUUGAACUCACAAGAUGGUAGAAGUUUGGUUUCCUUGAGCCAUGAUAGCUUAGUCGCCGCAUAUUUACUGACAGGGACUGAUGUUUUCUUAAGUAAGUACGAAAUGCAGCACCUCGAAAUGCUGUGUCCUUCUCAUAUGCCAUUUCCCUCAAUAAUCAAAUAUCCCAAUUUCGGUUCUCCUCUGUGGACCGGCCAGCAACUAUUUGGCAUGCUUCUUCCACCUGGAAUUGAUUUCAGUGUAGAUUCAAAAAAGUUACAUAUCAUUGAUGGUGAAGUCCUUUCCUCUCCACAGAUGUCCUUUUGGCUACAGAGCAGUACAUCUAGUAUUUUCUCCACCAUGUUCAAAUCCUAUGGGAGGAGGGCUCUUGAUUUUCUCUGUUCUGCUCAGGAACUCCUUUGCGAAUAUCUAACAAUGAGAGGAUUGAGUGUGUCGCUUUCAGAUCUAUACUUAGCUUCGGAUUUUUACUCACGAACAAAGAUGACCGAGGAAGUGAACUUUGGGUUGGAUGAGGCAGAGGAUGCCUGUAGAGUAAAGCAGCUAUUGUUGGAUCCUCGAAUCGAAUUUCUCUUAAGUAGCCUAGAUGAAUGCGAAGAUUCAUCAUAUUCUGUCAGCCAUUACCAUUUUCUAUCGAACAAUCUACAAAUUAGGAAGGCUUCUAUUGCUGCAUUUAAGGAUGUCUUUAGUGAUAUUCAAAGGACAGUAUAUCACUAUGUAAGCAAGGAUAAUUCAAUGUUGUCAAUGAUACAAUCUGGAAGCAAGGGCAGCUUGUCGAAACUUGCCCAGCAAAGUUUAUGUUUAGGCCUACAACUCUCAGCAAGCACGUUUCCUUUUAGGAUCCCUCAACAGCUUUCUUGCAGCUGGUGGAAUAAGCAGAAGGCAUUGGAGUGUGGAGAUCAGGAUGCUAUUCGAUGUGAAGAACGGCGUAACUUUUAUGCUGUGAUUAGAAGUUCUUUUCUCCAGGGAUUAAACCCAUUAGAGUGUUUUCUUCAUGCGAUAUCAGGUCGUGCAAAUUUCUUUGGUGAGAAUGCUGAGAUUCCUGGAACGUUGACACGGAAACUCUCAUUUUACUUGAGAGAUCUCUAUGUUGCUUAUGAUGGAACAGUUAGAAGUGCUUAUGGGCAGCAAAUAGUGCAAUUCUCUUAUGAUAUAUCUGAUGAGAUAUUCCAUGAAGAUGCCCAUUCUCGUAUUAUAUCUAAUGACCACAUAGUGGAAAAAUAUAAUGGACUAGGUGCUCCUGUAGGUUCUUGGGCUGCAAGCUCCAUUUCAGAAGCAGCAUAUGGAGGUCUUGAACAUCCAGUGAAUAGUUUAGAGGACUCCCCUCUCAUGAAGUUAAAGGAGAUAUUAGAAUGUGGUAAGCGCCGAACUUAUGGAGACCAUGCUGGAAUACUUGUUUUAUCUAAAGGACUACAAAGAUAUCGAUAUGGCUUCGAAUAUGGAGCCUUGGAAGUUAAGAAUCAUCUCGAGAUAACUCUGUUUUCUGAAAUGGUUAACACCGUCAUGAUUUUGUAUGAAUGUCCUCUUCAGAGAAGAAAAAUUAGCCCAUGGAGUACUCAUUUUCAUAUCAGCAAGGAAACACUGAAGAAAAAAAGAUUACAAGUACAACGUGUAAUUGAUAAACUGAUGGAAAAUUACAGCCUUAUGAGGGAAAAGUCAGCCGGAGUACUGCCAGCUUUGUGUAUAACAAAAAAGAAUUGUCCCUUACUUGAUGAGCAUGACGAACUUGAUCAGACAGUUUGCAUUGCAGUGGCAGCAGAGGUUCUGGACUCUGUCACACAGUUGGAUACUAUAAAAGAUGUAGUGAUUCUGAUCCUGUUGAAUACGCUUGUUAAAGGAUUCUUGGGAAUUAAGCAUGUGGAAAUUCAAUGUCAGCCUGAUUCUACUGAACUUUCGCUGAAAGUUACUAUGUCAGAGAGUUGUUCACGUGGAAGGUUCUGGAGCACUCUCCAAGAUGCUUGUAUCCCAAUAAUGGAUUUGAUUGAUUGGAACAGUAGUCACCCAGAAAGUAUUUAUGACACAUUUACUGUAUAUGGCAUAGAUGCAGCCUGGAAAUACUUCUUAAAAUCUUUGAAGUCAGCAACAUCCGGUAUAGGUAGGCAUAUACAUCAGGAGCAGUUGGUUACUGUUGCUGACUGCUUCUCAGUAACUGGAGAAUUUCAUGGAUUAAGCACUAAAGGCUUAAAACAGCAAAGGAACCGUUUAUCCAUCUCAUCUCCUUUCUCUCAUGCUUGUUUUUCCAGUCCUGGAAAUAACUUUAUCAAUGCUGCAAAGAAAGGUUCAGUAGAUGAACUCUGUGGCAUCUUAGAUGCUGUCUCCUGGGGAAAAGAACCUCCUGUUGGAACUGGAGGACCGUUUGAAAUUAUCUUUUCGCAAAAGGUGCCUCAGCUUCAAAAAUCAGAGAGUAUCUACAAAGUAUUGCAUAAUCUUAAAGUUGAGGAACCUAAACCUGAGUCUGCUGUAGCUUGUAGAGCUUCAAAUCGAAGUAAUUCCAAAUGGAGAUUGAACAUUCCUACUUUUGCCAAUGGUCAUGCUGGCAAGAAAGACAAGUGGAAAUGUAAUUUCAACAAGGGGGCAACUCAAACGGAAGGCCGGCCCAAAAAGUUGGCUGUUCAAUCGGAGUUCCUAAUGAGAAAAGUUGGUUCAUGGGCCAGCAUCGUGGAUAUGUGUACCUCCUUGCGCGCAAUGCUACAUGAGUACCCAUACGAUGGUAUUGUCGGUGAAAAAGAUAAAUCAUCUCUCAUGGAAGCACUAAAAUAUCAUCCCAAAAGAGAUGAGAAGAUUGGAGUUGGGGUGCAAGAUAUUAAGAUUGGACACCACCCAACUCAUCGAUGUUCACGGUGCUUUAUCUUAGUGAGGAAGGAUGGAACAAUGGAUGAUUUCUCAUACCGCAAGUGUGUUGUUGGUGCUGCUAAGAUGCUCUCAACUGAGUUUGGAUCAAUAGUUGAGAAAAAACUUUAUCACACUCUAUAACUCAAAGCAUCAACAUUCAUGGGUUAAAUGUCAGACUGUACAUAGCGAUGGUUCAAAUCAGCACCAUUAAAUCAGAAAACCUCAGUAGACGAACUUACCACUGAGAUGCCUGGGCCGACAAUGCAGAGACGAAUUAUUUUUGGGUAAAAAACGUACAGGCCUUAUCUGAACUAUAGUCCAUAUGUCGAUAUGAAUACAUGAACUUCAAGAUUUUGAUUUUACUGCCUAACCUUUUGAAACGUUUGUUUUAACCAUUUUUGAAGGCUAUUACUCAGUGGUUUUUUUAACUUUUUUGAUGGAAUAUUCUAUAAUCUAACGUUUUUAUCCUGUUAAAUGAUGGGAUAUUCUCUAACUUUUUGACUAAACCAUCAAAUACUAACAGAACAUGACGGAGUGUUCUGAAAUCAAAAGUAACGAAAGGUAAGGUAGUAAAAUCAAAAUUUUUCAAGUCCAAGUGUCCAUUUGAAAUGUGCUAUAGUUCAGGCAAAGGUUUAUACAAUUGUAUCACAUUCUUUUGGUCCUUUCCCUAUCCCUCUUCAUUUUCUAAUUGUAUAAAGUUGAAAGUAGCGCUGGAGUAUUGAAUAGAUGAGAGGAAUUCUUGCAUUUAUUGGUCAUUGUGCUAUAUAGUUUUAUGUAUUGGAUAUUAUACAGACCAAAGCGAUAUAGCCUUUUAUGUGCACCAAUUUUGGUUAUUCACACAUGGUGCUCUAGAGGUGGAAUGUAAUAAGUACUCGGACUUUAAUAUAAAUCCAUAUAUGCUAUGGGGAAGCAAUUCUUUUUGACAAA